ACCCUAAAGGCGGAAGAGAGGGUUAGCAGUCCCCUCUUACGUCCGUGAGAUGUGUUGAAAUAGGGAGGCUCUUAGCAGAGUUGAGUUUAUUCUUUCUGUGAACUCAGCAGAAGCAACAUGAGCGGACGAGGCAAGGGAGGCAAAGGACUGGGGAAAGGAGGCGCUAAGCGUCACCGCAAAGUUCUCCGUGAUAACAUCCAGGGAAUCACUAAACCCGCCAUCCGCCGUUUGGCUCGCCGCGGUGGCGUCAAGCGCAUCUCCGGUCUCAUCUACGAGGAGACCCGCGGUGUCCUCAAGGUCUUCUUGGAGAACGUCAUCCGUGACGCAGUCACCUACACCGAGCACGCUAAGAGGAAGACUGUGACCGCCAUGGAUGUGGUGUAUGCUCUGAAGAGGCAGGGCCGCACUCUCUACGGCUUCGGAGGUUAAAUUCAAACCGCUUCAACCAGCAAAACAACGGCUCUUUUAAGAGCCACCCAUCUUUCUUGAGACAUGUUCCACAUUCUUAGAUGUAUUUAUACAGGCAUAUACAUUUUCAGACACUUAUUCCUCUAUAAAAUAGUAUUAUUAAUGCAGGAGCUCAAAACAAAUAAUUUCUCCAGGUCGUUUUUGACUUUCUAAAAACCAGUGAUGUCUGUAUCUUCUUGUCAUUGGAUUAUUCGUUUCAGAAACGGGAGUUUAAAUUAGAUACCCUGUGUGUAAUCCUAUAAACUACAAUACCUAUGCAGUAUAGUGAGAUUUUCAUAACUUUUUAUCACCUGUAUAUAGUAUAUUUUUCAUUCACCUUUCCCUCAUGUG